AUGCAUAAAUAAGCCAGUAGGAGAAGUCUCUCUCUCUCUCCCCCUCGCACUCUCUGUUCAGAUUCAGGAGUUGACCACAGAGAAACUGCUUCCACUGCAUGCAGAAAAGAGAGAGCUAGGGAAAGGAGGGAAGGAGCUUUGGAAAGAGAGAGAGAGUGUGUUGGUGAGCGUGUGUGUAUGCCGGUAUGUGGAGUAGAGGAGAGCAGUGUGAAUGAAGCUCAUUCCGUGUGUGUGAGAGAUCGCAGAGAGGAUGAGAGAUAAGUGAGCGAGAGAAGAGAAGCGGCUGCAGCAGGAGAAACAGGGACAUGCCACCUGCACCUCUGAGAUAUCUAGGAGCUCAUGUGUCCUGCACAGAGACAUGCCGAGGAGGCGAGAGGGGACCUUCCUAACUCACUGCUUUAGGGAUUUCCUGAUGGCAUGGGCACUUAUGCUGGAGAGGGAUUGGUACUCUGAAUUAUAACUCUGACUCUAAAGUACUUGCUCUCUGCAUCACCCACAUUCGGAUAAUGGGACUGUGAUUUUCCCCAUGGAUUGACAUUACAAAUUAAGUUUAAGGGGGGGAAACCCUUUCAAGUUAAAAGCUUCAGCUCCCCCUAUCCAGCUCUACAGGACAGUACACCCAGCUAAGCCAUGAGACGGUCGAGUACUGAUGAAUCCACUUACCAUCGCAGUCCAUCCCUGGACAGCAAGGACUACUCUCUGCCUAAGGGGGGUGCCUUCCGCCGUUACAGUAGCCUCUACGGAGGCCAAUUUGGGGCAUCAGCAGGUGGUUCCUUUUUUGGGUUCCACACCAAUCCAGGUCCCAAAGCCACCAAAUCCAAGUACACUUCCCCAAAGGGAAACAAAUACGUGGUGUUUUACUUGGAUCUCUCCUUCAUUUUCCUCCUAGAGCUGAAGAGGUGCAGGAUGGCUCAGAACUGCCUACACUGUAUGAAAUAUCUCAUGUUCGUCUUCAACCUCCUCUUUUGGCUGGGCGGCUGUGGGAUCCUUGGAGUCGGUAUCUGGCUUGCUGUCACACAGGGUAACUUUGCUACCCUCUCGUCGUCCUUCCCCUCACUGUCAGCUGCCAACAUCCUUAUUGCCACAGGGACUAUAGUGAUGAUUGUGGGGUUUCUGGGUUGCAUUGGAGCCAUUAAGGAGAACAAAUACCUUCUGCUAAGUUUUUUCAUCUUGUUGCUGAUCAUAUUCCUCCUGGAGCUCAUUGUGGUCACCCUGUUCUUUAUCUACACAGACAAGAUUGAUAGAUACGCACAGCAAGACCUGAAGAAGGGUCUCCAUCUGUACGGCACAGAGGGGAACAUUGGCCUGACCAAUGCAUGGAGCAUCAUUCAGACUGACUUCCGAUGCUGCGGAGUCGCUAAUUAUACGGAUUGGUUUGAGGUGUACAACGCCACUCGUGUCCCCGACUCUUGCUGCCUGGAAUUCAGUGAAAACUGCGGCCUGCACUCCCCUGGCACUUGGUGGAAAUCGCCAUGUUAUGAUACAGUGAAGAUUUGGCUCCAUGAGAAUCUCUUGGCAGUUGGGAUUUUUGGCCUGUGCACCGCGCUAGUUCAGAUCCUGGGACUGACCUUUGCUAUGACCAUGUACUGUCAGAUGGCAAAAACAGACACCUACUACGCCUGAGCUCAUCCCAGCACUCCCCGGAGCUUCCAUCUCAGAGGCGCACAAGGCAGGAACCAAACCAAACGGCUCUGACACCCAAUCUUCCUUCCUUCUAUCCAUCCCUCAGCUUUGACUUGAGCAGCCUCCCUUGUGUAAUGGACCACUGACAAUUCACAGCUUUCUCCAAGGAUGGUGCAGAGAUUGGGGGUAUGACAGCUAGGAAGAAACUGGUACCCAGGAGGGAGCCAUAUGGGUGAUGGACAUGAUCACCAUGUUUCAUGGAACAAGGCAGUGGGAUUUAUACAGCAGAUGUUGGUCCACAAGGAAGAGGUGACCACAUUUCUCCUUCUAUCUUAUUCUUCUUCUUAUGUGGUACUGCAGAUGCCAUCUUUACCCAUCCUGGCCCAUCGGUACUGCCAUCAGAGCACUGGCAGAGCUAAUGCAGAAAGCUGAAAGGAAUUCAUUGCUAGCCAUGCAGUGAUGAAAAGGUUAACUACAAAUACCUGGAGGGGAAAGGGGAAAACGGCCGCACUAAGCCAUCCGAUGCCACUAAGCACCACCAUUAUGUGCACAGGAGCAUGGACAGCAGCGCUGUUACUUAAUGAUGCGCGUUUUAUGCCUCCCAGUUACAUUAAAGCUUGUGCGACUCCCACAGCGUGGCUAAUGGCCGGAACAGCCGUGCAACCAUCGCCUGCAUUGGGGAUUGUUUGCUGUGUUUGCACAAGUCUUAAAGUAACCUAUCCUUAAAGGUGAAGGAAAAUGAUCCUUAAGGUGAUAAAAAAAAAGAAUUGCAGAUCAAAGGGCAACUAAGCGCAUCAUUGUAUCACCUUGAUAUAAUCAACAGCGACCGGUACAUUCCGAUUCCGUAACCACUGCAGUUCUAUUAUGUUUCAUUCCCACACGCCACAUAGACAGCUGAGUAACUACACAGCGUAUUUCUGCCAUUUCCAACCACUCCAUUCCUGAGCCCCUUUUUUUAAUUUAAUUGCUGGCAGCAAUGUAAAGAUCUGGGCACACUGGAGUGUAGCUGCCUGCAGGCAAUGGAGGGGGGGGGGGACUAAUAGAUAAAGUGGCUUUGCUGGUGGAAUGGGAUGGAAUAGGGUAUGUGUCAGGAUGCUGAGCUCACUUCUUCCCAAUGCUUUCCUACAAAGCUUCCGUUUGUCAGGCCAUGUGGUUUCUAAAUAAGGAUCUUGGCUUGCCCGGGGCACAUUGCACUGCUGAUACUGAUGCCAGCACUCACCUUCCUGUUAUGAAUAACACAGAAAAGAUGCACGUCUAUGGCAACUACAAACAUCUGCAGUUCCCAAAUGAGUGUUCUAGCUGGAAGCACAAAGAUGGAGGGGUCACUGUGCUUAGAGGGGCGGUGGGCACUUACUGAUGGGACUCUUCCAGCUCAUUCUGUGUGUUAGCAGACUAAGCUUUACUAAUGAUAGCCAGAGGUUAUGGGCAGGACCUGCCUUAUGGCACAGCUGCUGACAGGUGUCACUCAAGUGACAAAGUUAUUAGUCCCAAACCAAGGGCAGUUGGACUUUGUUGUUAUAACAGCUGCUACUCUUUUGGGAAGACUGUUCCACUAACAGUAACAACAUUGCCUUCAGCCUCAACCUUUUUGACCCACUAUUAAUUGUAAAAACCAGUUGGGGAGCAACACAAGCAUGAAUAAUGUUCCUGGGGGUGCCAGAUAAGGGCUGUGAUUGGCUAUUUGUAGCCCUAUCUGAACUGGCAGCCUACACAAUGCCCUGUUUGAUAGUAAACCUGUUUUUAUGCAACCAAAAUUUGACCCAAUUCAAAAAUAAGCCCCUGCUGUGAGACCACUGGGAGCAACAUCCAAGGGGGUGGGGAGCCACAUGUUGCCCCUGAGCCACUGGUUGGGGAUCACUGCUCUAGAACAUUAGCAUGGAAACCGGGCGUCAGGCCUGAUGCUCACUAGGCACCCCAACUCAUCCUACAAACCCACUCUGUAGGAAUCUUCCAUUGUCCAUGGGGGUUCUUAUCCUGCUGAAACAUGAAAGGCUCUUCCCCAAAUGGCUGCCACAAAUAGGAAGCGCAGAUUAUCAUUGUAUGAUGUUGCACCUGGCUGUGUGGCUUAUAGGCAAUACUUAGAUGGGAUGCUCACUUACCUACGGACUUUUAGCGUGUCUUUGAGUGAAGCACGACCGCAAGAUGGCAAAAACCCUGUUUAGCACUUAAAAGUGGGAGUUAAAAGAGUGCAGUGAGCAAAGUGCUUUUUCUUCUUUCCCACAAUGCACUGUUUUAUUCCCAGAAUUUGGAUGCACAUGUAAUGCCCUGUAAUCUCUUUAUUAUCUCUGCUGUCAGUAAAAACUCAUAAAACUCCCCAAACUGGCUUUGUUUAUACAGAAGCACAAAAUCACUCUUAUGGUUACCCCAACACCGGUUCCUUCAUUUACCAAUAUAGUUCAGCAUAGGAACAGUAGCCCAUGGGAAUCUUGCUAAUGAGUGGGUUCUUGCGCAGAGUUACCACCUGUUCAUUUCUAACAUGGCUCUACCAGGCCAGUACUCGUGUCAGUGAUCCAUUUCCGGCUCUGUCAGCAUUACUGGCACCACCCCUAAUCCUUUCAUACCCCUUAUAGAACCUUAUUCAGCCAAACAGAAGGCAGUGUAACCCCCAGCCACCUUAAAUCCAGUAGAAGAGAAUCAGGUUGCCAGGCCAUUUGCCACAGGAAUCCCCCCAAAGGGCUGCAGUACUGUGACCCAGAUCGUGGGCACCCCCUACAGUAGGGAUUAGGGAUUAUCCUACAAUGGGAUUGUGAACCUCACAGCACCUUCAGCCCAGAUGAAGGAAGGAAAGUAGUUGUGUGUAUCCAUGGCUGUACUGUAUGUGCAUCUGUGUUUCUUUCUCUGUGUGUCUCUGCUCCAGUACACGGUUCUGCUUGAGUUCUACUCUGAGCACAGCUGACGGGCUGCGCAUUGGGCAAUUGCUGCCAUCAUCUAACCCAACUGUCAGCUUCUUGGCCAACUGCAGCCAUCAUACUGUACCUGCUAUCCCCCCUACUUUUCCUACCUACAUCUGUUUCUCAGUGGGACCCCCUAGAGGACCCCUUCUGUUUGGUGUCAGCUCUGAGGCAGAAGUUCUACCCUACACAGCACCUGCUCCCUGUAGUUAGUGAGGCACAAGCAAUGCUACGGGCAAACUCUUUGCUGUUCAACUCUAUGUAGACCAAGGUCUGUGUGAAUUCCCUUUAUUGCCGGAGGGGCUGGCAGUGCAGCGAAUGCUUUACCGGUUCCUCGGCACAUGUUAAUUUUCUUUUAUGUCUAUAUUUUUGAAUUAUGUGACAGAUUUUGCUGAUGAGAUGAUUGCAGGGGGGGGGGGUUAUUUCCCACUGUAACACCCGUCUCUCUAUUUACAGUGUACAUAAGUAUAUACAUAAUUUAUGCAAGAGGUAUAGUGAAGGAUUUGUUCUAAUAAAAGACGUUUAUCAUAAUGA